UCUACACUCUUCUUUUUUUUACUGAAAACACACUGAACUGUAAAUAAUAGUAAAAUGAUUAUGAGAUGAUAAAUGAUGAGUAAAAUGGUGAGAUUUCAGGAUCUGAGUAUCUACACAGGCAUGUAGUGAGUGUUUACAGACUGAACACUGCUACAGGCGGAGCUCCAGUGGUUUUCUGGAUGUGAGCCACAGAAGACGAGAAGCUCACAGCAUCGGAAACUUGUGUAGAACAGAAACCUUCAUCAUGGCGCUAAUCUGCAGUGUUUAUGGAAUUCUUCAGUGUCACUGAUGUUCAGGAAAAACGGGAAAAUGUUGAUCUGAGAAACGCGCACUAUGGAGUAUAACAAUGGUGUGAAUAUUUCAGCAGGAAACAGGAUUCUCCGUACUUUUCUCUUUCUGAUGUGCUGUUUACUGAGUGCAGCUGGAGAUGAGAUGGUCACACUGCAGGAAGUGGAAGGAACCACUAUAACUCUCCAUACUGGGAUUACUGGAAUUCAGACUGAUGCUCAUAUAGUUUGGUUUCAUGGACCUGAGAAAGCAGAAGAAAAAAUAUUAUACAGUCAGAUGUUUAAAGGAGAAACUGUUACAGAAAUCAGUGAGAGAUUUAAAGAGAGACUGCAGCUGGACAGAACCAGUGGAGCUUUAACCAUCAGGAACAUCAGCAGGAACCAUUCUGGAGUUUAUUUAUUACACGUCAUCACUGAAGAUCUCUCAUCUAGGACUUUCAGAGUCAGUGUUUAUGCUCCAGUAUCAACUCCAGUAAUAAAUCUAAGUGGAAAAAGAAGUGGGUUCUCCACAGAGUCGUGUUCCCUCUUGUGCUCUGUGGAGAAUGGAGAAGAUGUGAAAUUAUCCUGGUACAGAGAGAAUGAGAGAAUCUCCAUCACCAAUAACACAGAUCUCAGUGUUCCCCUCAAUCUCCCACUUCAAAUACAACACCAUGAGAAGAACACGUAUAUCUGUGUGUCUGCAAACCCUGUCAGCAAUAAAACUACUUCUCUCAGCAUCACACAGCUCUGUGUUCACAACUCAGGACAAUCUGAAGUUUCUCGUUAUCAUCUUCCUGCCCUGAUAUCUGCUGGAGUGUUUGUGUUAUUAAUAAUAUCUGUAUUUGUGUGGAUUUGGCUGAAAAAGAAAAAGCAACAAGUUCCUGAACAAGCUGAAGGUCUGAUCUACGCUGAUAUAACAGUUACAGCUCACAGCACAGAGAGAGUUCAAGAGGAAAAAAACUCCAGAAAAGCACAAGGUGAAACGGAGGAGGAGCCAGUGCUGUAUUCAGAAGUGAGGAGAUCAAAGUGUUUACUGAGUGCAGCUGGAGAUGAGAUGGUCACACUGCAGGAAGUGGAAGGAACCACUAUAACUCUCCAUACUGGGAUUACUGGAAUUCAGACUGAUGCUCAUAUUGUUUGGUUUUAUGGACCUGAGAAAGCAGAAGAAAAGAUAUUGAACAGUCAGAUGUUUAAAGGAGAAACUGUUACAGAAAUCAGUGAGAGAUUUAAAGAGAGACUGCAGCUGGACAGAAUCAGUGGAGCUUUAACCAUCAGGAACAUCAGCAGGAACCAUUCUGGAGUUUAUUUAUUACAUGUCAUCACUGGACGUCUCUCAUCUAGGACUUUCAGAGUCAGUGUUCAUGCUCCAGUAUCAACUCCAGUAAUAAAUGUAAGAAAAAGAAGUGGGUUCUCCACAGAGUCGUGUUCCCUCUUGUGCUCUGUGGAGAAUGGAGAAGAUGUGAAAUUAUCCUGGUACAGAGAGAAUGAGAGAAUCUCCAUCACCAAUAACACAGAUCUCAGUGUUCCCCUCAAUCUCCCACUUCAAAUACAACACCAUGAGAAGAACACGUAUAUCUGUGUGUCUGCAAACCCUGUCAGCAAUAAAACUACUUCUCUCAGCAUCACACAGCUCUGUGUUCACAACUCAGGACAAUCUGAAGGUUCUCAUUCUCUGAUUCCUGCCCUGAUAUCUGCUGGAGUGUUUGUGUUAUUAAUAAUAUCUGUAUUUGUGGUGAUUUGGCUAAAAAAGAAAAAGCAACAAGUUUCGGAAAAAGUUGAAGGUCCGACCUACGCUGAUAUAACAGUUACAGCUCACAGCACAGAGAGAGUUCAAGAGGAAGAAAACUCCAGAAAAGCACAAGAUGAAACGGAGGCGGAGCCAGUGGUGUAUUCAGAAGUGAGGAGAUCAAAGUAAUUCAUCACAUCAAUACAUCACUUUAUUAUUAUUAUUAUUAUUAUUAUUAUUAUUAUUAUUAUAUAAAGUAUUUCCACAUGUACAGUGUGUAGAUUGUGUACAGUAACGUGAGCUUGGUUGUGGUUAAGAUCAGAGUUAGAUUGGAUUUCAGGCUGCAGUUGGAUUUAUUACUUCAUUCUGCGUUUGAGAUAAAAGGAAGGAGAUUUCAGAGGAUUUGAACUGCGUCGUGUCUGAACGAGUGUUUCUGCUGCUCUCAUUAAAACCUGUUCACACCCUGAUGAAGAUCUGAUCUGAGCUGUGCUGAGAGAAAUCCUGUAGGGGUUCAGGCGUCUCUUCAGGCCUCAGUGUCUAAUAUUUGAAUAUUUACUGCUUUUACUAACAAACAUUAAAGUUCAUGUGCUAAAAAGUUCAGCUAAAAAAAGGAGUUCAGUAAAUCAGCAGCUCCAGUUUUCCAUCUGUUUACGCUUCUCACAUUACAGCACAUUGUUCAGAUCAGAUACACAUCCAGAGCUGUGUGUGUGUGUGUGUGUGUGUGUGUGUGUGUGUGUGUGGUAUAUUAUUAAGUGUUGUUUUUACUCCUCACAUGAACACGUGACUGUAGAUCCUGAAAAACCUGAUUAUGUUCUUGUUUCUGAAACACUGUUGAUCCUCUCAGUGUGUGUAGAUCAAACAAACACCUUCAGGACUUUAAGAGACAGAAAAGUGUUUUAUUUCUAAUAAAAAUGUACAUGUGGAAA